AUGCCGUGGGUGGAGCCCAAGCGGGCGGGGCCGGAGCAGAAGCCCAAGCUCACCAAACGGGACUCUGCCACCGGGCCGCAGUGGUACCAGGAAUCUCAGGAAUCGGAGUCGGAAGGCAAGCAGCCACCCCCGGGACCCCUGGCACCCCCGAAAUCCCCCGAACCCUCAGGACCCCCGGCGUCGGAGCAGGACGAUGCACCCCUGCCAGAGGGGGAUGAUGCACCCCGGCCGUCGAUGCUGGACGAUGCACCCCGCCUGCCGCUGGAGCUGGACGAUGCACCCCUGCCGGAGGAGGAAAUCCCCGAACCCACGGCCAUCUGCAGGCACCGGCACCGCUGUCACACCGACUGCCUAGAGGGGCUGCUGUCCCGCGCCUUCCAGUGGCUGGGGUGGAAGGUGGGCGCGCACCCCUGGAUCUUCCUGCUGGCGCCCUUGAUGCUGACAGCCGCGCUGGGCACCGGCUUCCUGUACCUACCCAAGGACGAAGAGGAAGACCUAGAGGAGCAUUACACCCCUGUGGGGAGCCCGGCCAAGGCGGAGCGGCGCUUCGUGCAGGGCCAUUUCACCACCAACGACUCCUACCGCUUCUCCGCCUCCAGGAGGAGCACCGAAGCCAAUUUCGUCUCGCUUCUGGUGGUCUCCUACAGCGACUCACUGCUGGACCCGGCUACCUUUGCAGAAGUCAGCGAACUGGACGGCGCGGUGCAGGAUCUGCGUGUGGCGCGGGAAAAGGGAAGCCAGAUCCAGUAUCAGCAGGUGUGCGCGAGGUACAGGGCGCUCUGCGUGCCCCCCAACCCGAUCCUGUACGCCUGGCAGGUGAACAAAACGCUCAACCUGAGCAGCAUCUCCUUCCCCGCCUACAACCACGGCGGGCAUCCCCUCUACCUGACCGGCUUCUUCGGAGGAUACAUCUUGGGGGGCAGCCUAGGAAUGGGCCAGUUACUCCUGCGGGCCAAAGCCAUGCGGCUGCUGUACUACCUGAAGACCGAGGACCCUGAGUACGAUGUGCAGAGCAAGCAGUGGCUCACCCAUUUGCUCGACCAAUUUACCAACAUUAAGAACAUCUUGGCCUUGAAAAACAUUGAGGUAGUCCACUUUACAUCGCUUUCCAGACAACUGGAAUUUGAGGCAACUUCUGUGACUGUGAUCCCUGUGUUUCACCUGGCAUACAUUCUCAUCAUUCUGUUUGCAGUCACAUCAUGCUUUAGAUUUGACUGCAUACGAAACAAAAUGUGUGUUGCGGCCUUUGGAGUGAUUUCUGCUUUCUUGGCAGUGGUGAGUGGCUUUGGCCUGCUGUUGCACAUUGGGGUGCCAUUUGUCAUCAUAGUUGCCAAUUCGCCAUUUCUUAUUCUAGGUGUUGGGGUCGAUGACAUGUUUAUCAUGAUUUCUGCCUGGCAUAAGACCAACCUUGCAGAUGACAUACGGGAGCGGAUGUCCAAUGUCUAUUCAAAAGCGGCAGUGUCUAUUACAUUCACCACCAUCACUAACAUCCUGGCCUUAUAUACAGGGAUUAUGAGUUCUUUUAGGUCUGUACAAUGUUUUUGCAUCUAUACAGGAACGACCCUGUUAUUUUGCUAUUUUUAUAACAUCACGUGUUUUGGAGCAUUUAUGGCCUUGGAUGGUAAAAGAGAAGUAGUCUCCCUAUGCUGGUUGAAAAAGGCUGACCCAAAAUGGUCCUCAUUUAAAAAGUUCUGCUGUUUCCCAUUUGGUUCUGUCCCAGAUGAACAUGGAACUGAUAUCCACCCAAUGAGUUUGUUUUUUAGAGACUAUUUUGGCCCCUUUCUCACAAGGAGUGAGUCUAAGUAUUUUGUAGUCUUUAUAUAUGUUUUGUACAUCAUAAGCAGUAUAUAUGGGUGUUUCCAUGUGCAGGAAGGUUUAGACCUUCGAAAUCUGGCAAGUGACGAUUCCUACAUCACACCAUAUUUUAACGUAGAGGAGAAUUAUUUUUCAGAUUAUGGUCCCAGGGUUAUGGUUAUUGUUACUAAAAAAGUUGACUACUGGGAUAAAGAUGUUAGGCAAAAACUGAAAAACUGUAUUAAAAUUUUUGAAAAAGUCUAUGUAGAUAAAAAUCUUACAGAGUUUUGGUUAGAUGCAUAUGUGCAAUAUUUAAAAGGUAACAGCCAAGACCCUAAUGAGAAGAAUACUUUUAUGAACAAUAUUCCUGAUUUUUUAAGCAAUUUUCCAAAUUUUCAGCAUGACAUUAAUAUUUCAUCAUCAAAUGAAAUCAUUUCUUCCCGGGGCUUCAUUCAGACAACAGAUGUUUCUUCCUCAGCCAAAAAGAAAAUAUUGUUAUUCCAAUUACGACGCAUAGCUGAAGACUGUCAAAUUCCCCUAAUGGUGUAUAACCAGGCAUUUAUAUAUUUUGAUCAGUAUGCUGCAAUAUUAGAAGACACUGUUAGAAAUGUAUUGGUUGCAUCAGCAGCUAUGUUCAUUAUUUCCUUAUUGUUAAUCCCUUAUCCAUUGUGUUCCUUGUGGGUGACUUUUGCUAUUGGUUCUGUGAUUGUAGGGGUAACGGGUUUCAUGGCAUUCUGGAAAGUCAAUCUUGAUUCCAUAUCCAUAAUUAAUCUUGUCAUUUGUAUAGGGUUUUCUUUCGAUUUUUCUGCACACAUUUCCUAUGCAUUUGUUUCUAGUUCUCAGCCCUCAGUAAACCAAAAAUCAAUUGAGGCAUUAUAUCUUCUAGGCUACCCAGUGUUACAAAGUGCAAUUUCAACAAUAAUAGGGGUGUGUGUUUUAGCUGCAGCGAAAGCAUACAUCUUCAGAACAUUUUUUAAGAUUAUGUUUCUUGUUAUGAUAUUUGGGGCAGCUCAUGGCCUAAUUUUUAUUCCAGUAUUCUUAACCUUUUUUGGAAGGUUUAUUUGAAUAUCCACUAACAAGUCAAAGACCAAUUCUAGAAUUCCUGAUUGCCCUAUUCCAAUCUGAUUUUUUUAAAUGCACUAUUAGGAAUAGUCAACAAACCACUGGGAGGCCAAGGUGGGUGGAUCACCUGAGGUCAAGAGUUCGAGACCAGCCUGGCCAACAUGGUGAAACCUCGUCACUACUGAAAAUACAAAAAUUAUCCAGGCAUGGUGGCGUGCACCUAUAAUCCCAGCUACCUGGGAGGCUGAGGCAGGAGAAUCGCUUGAACCUGGGAGAUGGAGGUUGCAGUGAGCUGGAGUGCGCCAGGCACUCCAGCCUGGGUGACGAGAAUGAGACUCCGUCUCAGGUAAAAAAAAAAAGAAAAAAAAGUCAACAAACCAAAAA